AUGAUUUCUAAAACAAACUCAGGUGUGAGAUCUAUGCUAAAUGGGCUAGACAUUUUUGGAGUUCCUAUCUAAAUAAAUUUUCAUUCAAAAGAUAAAUUUACAACAAGGCUUGGCGGUUUUGUUUCUUUGAUUGUAUUUGCUGUACUUGUUUACAUGGCUGUAAGUUCUGUUUUGAUCAUUUACAGAAAGGAAAACCCUUAAGUAAUUCAGUAAAAUGAGCUAAAAAUACCUUCAAGAGUGGACUUAAAUAGAAAUAAUUUUAUUUUUGCUUUUGGUAUUUUGGAUGCUAACUAAAACCCUUUUAUGGAUGAAACAAUUUAUAAGGCAAGUGCUUAAUUCAUGCUGAAAGUGCCUGUUUAAGAUAAAAAUGGAAAUACUAAAUAUUAAUCAGUCUUUAGUAAUAUAAAAGUUGGACCUUGCACUCAAGAACUAUUUGGUAUUCCUUCACUCUAGAGUUAAUUCACUGCUAUUUACAAUUAUGAUUAGCUUUAUUGUAUUUAAGACAUAGAUAAUCUCUACUUAGAAGGUUAAGUUGAAACAAAUAUUUAUUCGGGUAUUUUAAUUACUAUCUCUACUUGCUAGGGAAAAGGCUGUGCAGAUCCCUAAGUAAUCGAAAAUAAAAUAAAGAAUAGAUAAAUGCAUGUUUAUUAUUCAGAUUAUAUAGUUUAAGCUGAAAACUAUUAAAAUCCUUUUAUACCAUACGCAAGUGGUACUUACUACAGCGUAAAUACAAAUGCCUUGUAAAUAGUAUCUUUCACAUACAUGAAUACCCAUGUAAACGAUGAUAUCGGAUUGAUAGGUUCUGAUAUUUAAUAGUAAAGUUAAUUGCUAUUCUCUUAGCAGUCAGCUAUAACAGGAUAAGAUACUUCCUUAGGCUUUUUCAAACUUAUAAUAUAUUUGGAAAAAAGCAAAGAGUUAAAUAUUAAUAGAACAUAUACUAAGCUGAGCUCAGUCAUUUCUUAAAUUGGUGGUUUUUACAACAUAUUGUUUUUUGUUGGCUGCAUACUAGCUAAGCCGUACACUUCGCUUCAACUUAAAAAAGAGCUCAUCAACUAAACGUUUACUUUUAGUAUGAAAGAAAAUAAAAUUGAUGAAAGCAAUUAAAUGACUAAACAAGGAGAGUAAUUUAAAGAUUACAUUAAAGAAGAAAAAUCUAAAGUGAAUAACAAGGAAAAUCUCAAAAAAAAUGAAAAAAUAAAACUUCAAAAUUCUAUAAUCUAAAACGUGAGUCCAAAGGUAAGAAGAGAUGGAGAUAGUCCAAUGGCUAACUCUUUAAUUAGCAAAAAAGAAGAUAGUCCUAAAUAAAACUAGUAAAGUGGCAAUAUUUCAUAAAGUUCUGAUAAAGACUAGACUUUAAAGUAUGAGUUAUUUUAAAAGAUCAAAAAAGGUAUCAGUCAAACCAAAAAGUUGAGUAUUUAGCUCAAAGAUUUUAUUUACUAUUACUUUAGCUGUUUUAAACGCAAUAAGGUUUCAAACUUUAUAGAUUUCAGCUAGCAAAAAAUAACAGAAUACACAGAUAUUAACUUUAUUGUCAAUAAGAUUUUGGAGUUUGAAAAAUUCAAACAUCUCUUUUUAAAUGAAAAUCAGCUAUAGUUAUUCGAAUUUAUUUCAAAACCUAAGGUGUCAUAGGAAAUAAUUGACAUUCAUUUGAAAUAAUUAAAGUAAAAAAUAAAGCUAUAAUAAAAUCAGCCAAAUUUAAAUUAAUAAGUAUUAGACACUUCACCCAAUAAUAAUUGUUAGUAAUAAACUGAAAUAUGUGGCAAUUAAAUCUAGAGUUCUAUGUCACUAAGCCCAGAAUUUAAUCUACUCAGAUCAGUCAAUUAUAAUGAAGAUGAAAAGGUAGAAUAAACGCUAAAAGCAUACUAACAAAUUUAUAAGAACCAGCAAAAUAUUUCAAGCAUAGAUAUCAAAUUACUUAAACUUUUAGAUCGAAGUAUCGCUAAAAAAUUAGAGAGAUUUGCUUAAUAAUAAUAAUAAUAAUAAUAAUAAUAUUAGUUACCAUAAAAAUAACUAUCUAACUUUGAAGAUUUGUCAAUUUAAAAUAUCAAAAAUUCUUAGAAUUUAUAAUAAAAAUAAUAUGUUUUAAGUAGAUUUGUUAACUCUGAAGGAAUGCAAUCUCCUUUAUCUGUUAAUGAUAACAGCUAAUAAAAUAAGAAAUUUUAAUUGAAAGAUGAAAAUUUCUAGACUCCUGAAUUAGAAGAAUCAAAUGUGCUGCAAAAAGAAGAUUUCUUACGCCUAAAUAAAUACAAGCUAGAUAAUGGACCUAAAAAAAAUGUAUUAUUUAAUAGUACUAUAAGUAACAGUAAUUCUAAUCAUUGA